UGUACAGAUACUUUGGACACAUCUCCAUCGGGACCACGGCAAGAACCAUGAGCAGACGCACCACUCGAGUCUGACUCUGCUGCGCCUCACGACCAUGCCGAUUUUGAUGUCGAGUGUCAUCCGCCAGCAUGGACGAAUCAGACCCGGGUGACGUCUUUGCAUUUCCAGACUUUGCCAGGUCGUCACGAUGGAUGCAGCCCAGCACACACCCGGUCGAGCCAUUCUUCAGCCUCGCUGCCAAAGAUCUGGCUCGUGUUUCAGCCUCACUGCCUUCUCAAGGCGCUGUUGGUCCUCUCGAUACAGAAGGGUUCUUCAAACUCCCGGAUCUGCUGGACAUCCACAAUGAGCCCAAUGGGGUUCCUCAGCCAGAUCACCACCAGGAGCCUCUCGCCACUCUGCACAAUGCAGAGCUCGACGAUGUCGACAUAUUCGCUGAAAUCUGGCACCGCUCGGCUGACCUAGUGGAGCCACCUGCGACCUUGAAGACGUGGGAGGCCUUCCUCUUGCCCGCGGAAGUGCAGCAGAAUCCGCUGUUCAUCAGUGAAGCCGGGGGGAAGAUAUUCGAUGCCGCAAUCACGGCGGAUGGUGACCCCCUCGGCCUUGGCAGUAGUCAGUGCCCUGUCGUUCAGAGUGGUCCGUACCUUUCUGCGCUGCUAGCCUUGUCGCUCGGUCGGGGUUCUAUCCUGUACUCUUGGAACGACGACAAACAACAAUUCGUCCCGGCUCUACCAGGCAUGCGGAUAUCCGGUUAUACCAACGAGGUGCUCAGCGGGCUUGAGCGUCGCUGUCUAGAAACUGGCAGGAUCACACGAGUACUAUCCUCGUUCGUGCAGUCCAACUAUAAGACGCAGCCUAGCCCUGUCAAGGUCGCGCUCUCCCGGGCGCUGGAUACAAUCCUGUCUGUUGUGCAAGCAAGGCUCGGUGACCAGUCUACAAGACUGCGCUCUGUGCUGCAUCUACAGUCAUUUAUACAACCUGUCCAUCACAUUCUAUCACACUUUCGGUCUCUUCUAGCUAAAACCUCGAGAUGCCGACAUGACGAGGACAUCCUAUCGCUUGUGUUUGAUGCGACAGAGGCUGUGGAGAGUGGAGAUGACCUGCUAAAGGAAGUCAUGCGUCAGGUCUUGGCUGAGGUCUGCGUGCCUUGGAUUGAGUUUGUCGAGCAGUGGGUGGGCCUCAAGCCUGAGCACGGGUUGUCUUUGACGACAGACGGCUCCGGCAGGAGCUUUGUCAGGGUAGACGACAAUGCCGUGCUCGACGAUGCUGGUUUCGAGAGCAGCCAGCGCGAUUUCGCCUUUGACGAGGAGCGGAUGCCUCGCUUCAUCCCCCAAGACCUAGCCCUCCGCCUUUUCGAGACUGGGAGGAAUCUUCGUCUGCUGAGAUCCAGUCACCCUGAGCAUCCCAUCAGUCAACCUGGCUUCGCUUUACUCUCUGAGCCGCCCGAACUCCGCUGGCGGUAUAUGUGGCAAGAUAUCCAUCGUCACCAGGACGACGUAGCCGCCUUCGAAACACGACUCUGGCAAGCCACCCAAGCCCAAGGACAGGAUAGUCGUGACCACGCAAGGUUAUCGGGAGGCUUGACCUUAUCAAAAAGCCGUCACGAGCUUGAGUACUUCGGCCUUGACGAAACUGAGCUCGAAACCCGCCUGGCUCGUUCAAUAGCGACGAUGAACCGGACGCCACCUCUGGCACCGACCAAUCAGCUCGCAUCAUUGCUGAUGGAUCGCUUGUUGGAGCCUCAGAAGACAGGGCAGGCUGGUGUUGAUGUCGAUCCGCAUUGGUCUCUGGUCGCAAACGUAUCGUUUGGCCCAUUGAUUGGUGCGCAAGACGCCGUCAUCAAUCGACAUUAUUUGAAUAUCCUCCUCGAACAGCAUGACCUUCGCGAGCACAUCAGCGUACAAAAGGAGUUUCACCUCCUCGGCAAUGGCAUGUUUUGCAGUCGGUUGUCACACGCACUCUUUGAUUCCGAUCUCGAGACCGCCGAGCGUCAAGCAGGAGUCGCACGAGGAGGUGGCGUUAUGGGAUUGCGACUUAGUGGUCGAGACACAUGGCCACCGGCAAGUUCUGAGCUUCGUCUCGCUCUGAUGGGCGUCCUUGUUGAGUGCUAUAGCCGCAACGCAACGGAUUCAGCCUUGGAUACUAAAGAGACACGAGAGCUGCCGGGAGACAUCAGCUUUGCCGUGCGCGAUCUGAGCAGCGAGGAAAUCGACAAGUGCUUGGACCCUGGCUCUCUGGAAGCGCUCGACUUUCUGCGACUCUCGUACAAGCCUCCUCUGGCGCUAUCACCCGUCAUCACGGCCGUGAUACUAGUCAAGUACGACAGAAUCUUCAAGUUGCUGCUUCGUGUGUUGCGAAUGCUGUACGUCAUUGGACAGAUACAUAGAGACACGGUCUCGAGGACCAGCCGGUGGUAUCACGUGGACAAUACGUCAUUCCGGUUCCAGUUUGAGGCAGAGCGGUUCGUGACGGCCAUCGCGGCUUACUUUUUUGAGACCGGCAUUGCGGUUCCAUGGCGACGAUUUCAGGCGUGGCUCGACCAGAUGGAGGCGAUGCUGAAGAGCGAGGGAAACCUUACAUCAGGCACAACAUCUGUUGGCCCUAAUGAUGUCAGAGACGAGCACGAGUGGACAUUGGACAGCAUCAUGCAGAAUCUGUUCCUACGCAAGCGUCACCAGCCCAUCCUCGGACUCCUUGACGAGAUAUUCACCCUGAUUCUGCGUUUCUCCUUUCGGACACGUCUCGAGGCUACUGGACGAGUUGACCCUGAGGACGAUGGAUCAUACACGAGGAAAAUUUAUAGUGUCUUCAGAAAGAAGGUCCACGUUUUCAUCACCGUCUGUCGUGGUCUGAGUGAGAAGGGCCCCGAAGUCACAGCAAGGGCCUCUCAAGACGGCAGGGCGGAGCGGCCCAAGGGUGGUGCUGAGGAACACACCAUUGAAAGGCUUCUGAUCAGUCUUGACAUGACGAAUCACUAUAGUCUUUCACGCAGCUAGAAUUGAGAACAAUGAUAUGAUACCCAUUCGCAGGAA